CGACGAGACAAACAUGACACAAAAAAUACUACUACCAGCAAAUACAUAAACAACGAACAUUUUUACUUUGUCUGAGGAAGUGUUUAAUAAAUGUAUGUGAUGCUUUAGUGGUAAAAAUGUCGGGAAUAUCGCCUGCGAGUUGUUGGGUUGCCCAUAAAAGAUUAGAGUCGUGGGCUAGAGCAGCGAAAGAACGUGCUCUAGGUGGAUCUUUAAUCAAAUCAAAUGAGAACAGUACAAACAGCCAAAACAGCAGUUUGGAGGAAUUUAACGUUGUUAAAGAAACAAAUACCAUUCAACCUCCACAAAAUACUGCAGUCCACGCCUUGACCGCCGAGCUCCUGAAAAGCACGCAACUGGAGCUGGUUUCAGUUCCUGCUGCAGCAGGACACGCUUUGCAGCACCAGUCAAAAUCUUACCCCACCGGAGGAGGCCAGCAGGCACUUUGCAGAACUCCCAGCGUGUCCAGUCAAAGUAGUUUGGAGAGCAGCAACUCCAGACAAGGACAUCGAGGGUCCUCACCACAAAUAAGAACUUUUGCUCCUGAUGGCAAGGUACACCAAGAAGCCCAACAUACUGUAAGCUACCCCUUGAGAACCACGAGCAGAUCUCCAUCACCUUUAAGAGCGGCUUCAUUGGAUAUAAGAUGCUCUUCACCUGGUGCCAUAAUGUGUCCGACAGAAGCUCGAACACCUUCCCCCUCUCAAUCUUCAUUGGCAUCACUUACGGGGGGGUCAGCUAGUUCUUGUAAUUCGCCAGUCCCGGCUUCGCCGCGUACUGUCUCAAUGGGCAGAUGUCUCUCCCCUUUGCACAUACCUAACCACCAUAGGCAGUCAAUGGAAAACUUGCCAGUGGCCCCCCCAGCGAGUCCUUUAGGAGCCAUUCAACCCGAUUUGUACCUUAGAAAAGACGGGCCUUUAUUUAUUAACGCUAACCCCAAAAACGGUCCUAGUUUGGGAAGAUUGCAUUUUAGGUUGACAUACGAUUUUAACCGAAGCGAUCUAAUCAUACAUUUAAUUGAAGCUUUGGACUUAACUAGCAGCGAGCAAGGCGGUUUUAACGACCCUUACGUAAGAGUAGAACUUUUGCCAAAAAUUGACGAUCGUAAAAGACAAACAACUGUAUUCAGAAACAACCCCAACCCUUAUUUCGACCAUCACUUUAAAUUCCCCAUAUCGAACGACGAACUAAAAACGAAAACCCUGCAAAUGCAAAUCUUCGAUUACGAUAGAUUCUCCAGAAACGAUGUUAUUGGAGAGGUUUUGAUGGCAAUGGAGGAGUACGAUAUAUCUGGGGGCACAUUUGAGGUGUUUGGAGAUAUUACUAAAAACAAAAAACCAGCGGAGGAUUUGCAGGAAAUUUUGGUGUCUUUAAGCUUUUUGCCUUCGGCAGAACGACUCACAGUUGUUCUGCUGAAGGCCAGAAACCUAAUACAGCCAAGCGAUAGGGAAAAUAUGGAUCCGUUCGUGAAAGUUUAUUUGUUGGUUAAUGGUAAAAGGAUAAAGAAAAAGAAAACCGCAGCUAUGAAAAGCAGUUGUAAUCCUGUUUGGAAUGAAGCUCUUACUUUUAGCUUGUCACAUACAAAUUUACAAAAUGCUUCGGUUGAAAUACAGGUACUUAACCAAGGAAGCGAAAUAAUGAGUUCAAGCCCCAUACUGGGCACGUGCUCCAUAGGGCCUAAACAAACCGGCCCUGAACGAGACCAUUGGUUAGAUAUGUCGCACAGCCUAAGGAAAGCCAUAGCAUGUUGGCACACCAUAAGGUACUAAUUUAUGAAAUCAGCUCAAAUGAAAAUAUUAAACAGGGUGGUAUUUUUAAAUCUUUAAAUUGCAUUGUACUGGGUGCCUCCAAAAUAAAGGUCUAAAACUAUCGAUAGCCCUAUCGUUAACUAUUGAUAAUUCUGACGAAUAAUAUUGAUAUUUUUUAUAACUAUUGCGAUAUUUUUAGAUAGCUUUAUAACCGUUAUAUUUUUC